CUUGACAUUUUACUACAUUUUGUGCAGCUGUUUGUGUUAUUUGUUGUGCGUAAUAAGUAAACAAAUAAAACUACGGAAAUUUCCUUUGCAUUAUUGUGUUUUUAGAAAUUGUGACAUACUUUAAAAACUGAAAAUAAUAACAUUUGCCACUUUAAACGGCAUCACUGCAACCAAAAUCCUGUGUGAUGGGGUCCAAAAAGAAAGAUCUAGAAAUAAUAUAUAGCUUGCAGUGGAAGAACAAGUCCUCGACAAAUGGAGGUGACAAAGCAAAUAUUAUCGGAAUGUAUGACAUCCCCACGACAACCCUCAACUGGGAAACAUUUAAGUCUUAUUUGCUAAAAAAUUCAGGGACGGUGGGAGAAGAUGUAAAAGUAUCCUACAUUACCAGCAGUAACAGAGAAUUCCCAAUUGAAUCCCAAACGGAUUUUCAGAUUGCUCUAUAUGCUUUCAGACGUAAAGCUAGAAUGGGGGACAUUGUUACACUAAAGUUGGACAGAAUUUCUGACCAACAAAAUUACAGAAAUACUCGUCAUUCUAAUGAUGUUGAAACUCAGUUUGACAAUGAGGCUCAAUCCAUUGUUUCCUCAUGCUGCAAUUCAGACACUCCCCCAGAGUGGUUCCUAACUUAUAUGAAUAAGUUCAAGAAAAAUCUAACUGACGACAUAACGACAUCAGUCGCAAGUAUUGUUUCUAACAUCAAGCCACAUACAGUAAGUCAACCUUCUUGCUAUCAUUCGAGAAAAUCCAAGGCUGAGAAUUCAAAGAGAAGAAAAUUACCUUUACUAACAGGCGAAGGAUCCCACGAGAGCACAAAGGACUUGCUCAAGUCCUUAAAACUUGAAGGCAAACUCGAGCACAAACUGGAAAAACUGGAAAGUAAGACAAAGAAAUUGAAAGAGAAGAAGUUGGCCCUCUUUUCAAAAUCGAGUGACAGCGAUGGAUGUACACCAAGUGUUAAACGCCGUUCUUCAGUGCCAUGCGAGCCUGAAGAUGACGGUUUUCACAUGGAUGCCAUGCCAAUUAAUGUACAGCAAAUUAUUCCACAUUUGUUGGGAGGAGAGAUUUAUUUACAUCAAUGGAAAGUUCUGAAUAGUGGAAAAUCUGCAUGGACCAACGAAACUAAUUUAUUGUACACUUGGGGUGCCAAGGCUCUAAAACCAUUAGAAACAAUAAUUUCUGUCCCACAUUUGAAAGCAGGCGAAACAGGAACCAUUGGUGUACGUUUACAGGUACCAAAUAAUCCUGGUCAAUAUGAAUGCUACUUUAAUUUCCAUCAUCGAGGCCGCCGAUUCGGCCAUUGGUUGGGCUGCCAAAUUAUUGUGGAUCCCUUUGAUUUAAAAGGCAACAAAUCAGUUUUGGACACUGCUUAUCUUAACCCUGUUACUUGCUACGAAAAUAUUUGGCAAGGUACAUCAGUAGCAUCAAAUGCGUUCAGUUCAUCUUUCAACCAAUCUACUCCGAUUCAAGAUGAUAAAUCCACUGCGCUGCUACCAGAAAACAAACCCGACUUAUUUGACUUUUCUGAAUCAUCAAACAUAUAUGGGGAUAAGAUUGUUAGAGAUAUAAGUUCAAGAGUAGAGGAUAUCAAAUUGCAGGAUCCCACAGAUACAAACUGUAGCAGUGAUUCCGAUAAUCAGAGCAUUAUCUCAUUGCCCGAGAGCAACGAUUCCAAAGGGUUACCAUCUGAAUAUGUCGUUGUUCCUAUCCCAGAUUGUUUCAAGGUCGAUGAUACUCCACUCGCCAAUAAGACUCAAGCAACUACCAAAGUAGAACAACAAAAAGCUCUAGAAGAAAAUGCUUCUGCAAUGCCUAAGGCAGCAUCUGUGGAAAAUUUCGACGACAACAACAAUGAGGAUACAAUUGUACAAAAAGAUACUUCAAGAAAUGAUGAGACAGCUUCAAAUACGAGCCAUAAAUCAGAUAUUGUUAUGGUCUCUAUACCAGAAAAAAAUCAAGACAGCGAAGAGUAUGCUUGUGUCAUCGUUGAUGGACAAAAAGUGAUGAUCCCGAAGAAAAUAAUUAAAUCAGAGUACUUACAUUCGAAUUCCACCGAAAAGAUAGAUACACUUGUAGAAGAAAAUCUCACAAGCUCUAACGCAUCUGUCAAGGAAAAUACACCCGAACCGCAAAUCGUAAAAGUUGACAACGAUCUAGAGACCGACGGCGCAAAAGAUGUAAGAAACAAUUUUGAAGAAGUCGAGUUUAAUUCCCAUUGCUCAGCAGCCGGCUCCUGUUUCUCUGAAUCGACGGCUGAAAGAAACAACAGGUUGUUUGUAUUUCCUCCUGCUUGUCCUGGAUACGAAGUCAUCCGCGGUGAAGAUUUUGCUAACAUCGACGACGAAGAGAAUUAUACAUGGGCCAAAUCUGAUACUCACUAUGCCUAUAGUGUUCAAGGUAUGAAAGAACCGUUAGUUCCCGAAGUAGUUCCAGCUACAGAAGCUAUUAAUAUACCAUCGUCUGGAAAUCCAUUUGUUGCUCCAACUAUCUCCCAUGUUCCGAAUUUUCAACAGACUCCCCCCGAAGAACGGAAAUGCCCAUCAGAAGAUGACAUUCGGGCUACAUUUGAAGCUGCAGUAGAUCCUCCUGAGUUAGGUACCGAAGUUCCACCACCAGAAGUUAGUAGAGAGGGUACCCCAGAGAGGCCACCAAAUGAAGAUGCAAGUGCUCCUCCACAAUCACCACAUGUAGUGCACAUUCUACCGGAGGGAUUAGUUAACGGAGCAGUAAACGUUGCAAGAUCUGUGAUAAAUAGAAUUGUACCACAAGGGUCUCCAGGCCGUUGGGUGAACGGACACUGGGUCAGCACUAACCCAGAUUCGCCCCGCGAAGCCAAUUUACAAGCUUUGGCAGAAAUGGGAUUUUGGAACAGAGAUCUAAACGCCUCCUUAUUGGCUAGAUACAACGAUGACUUGUCAAGGGUUGUUGCAGAGCUUGUGCAAUAAACACCAUUACUUAUUUUAUUACUGUAUUAAUGCACUUACAUGUUUAUUCCUUACAUAAUACGGAUUUAAUAGUAAUAGGGCAUAUAGAGGUACACAUUCAUCUGACAAAGUAAACGUAUGUAAAUCACAAGUUUCAGUUUUAUUUUUAUGUAAAGCUAGAGGGCGCUUGCAUUUUAAAUAAUAUAAUUAUUAUACAUAGCAGAUGAUCGAAUUCAGCAUACAACGCACAUACACUAACCAUCAAAAUUAACGCACUACCUUAAAAAUGGGACAUUUUUGAUGUCUCGUAUUUCCUAAACCUGUUGUCCGAUUUGAGUGAUUUUUUAGUAUAUUUUAGCUUUAUUCUUCAAGAAUAUCGAUGUACUAAUAUUAUUGCUAAAGAGGUAAGUGUCAUUGUAUACCGGGUGUAACAAUGAUUGUGUGUUUUUUCCUUAAAGUUUGGAACACGCUGUGGAAUAUUAUAGCAUAUAUAAAGUACUGAAAUUAAAAUUCAACUGCAGUCUUAGGCUUUCUUAACAUUUUGCUUUUUAAUUCAUUCCCUUAUUUUGGAUAAUAAAAAAGUUAGGUACUUUAACAACUAGCAAUGUUAUUCAUCAAUACAGUGUGUUUCUAAAUAAGGGCGACAAACUUUAAAGGGUAAUUCUGCAUGAAAAAAUAAUUACCGUUUGCUUUAUAAACAUAUGUCCGCAAAUGCUUUGUUUCCGAGAUACGGGAUGUUAAAUUUUUUCUUACAAACUGACGAUUUAUUUAUUGCUCUAAAAUUGGAUGAGAUAUGCAAAUGAAAUUUGGUAGGUUUUAAGAGGUAGUUAUUGCGCAUUUUUUACAUACAAUUAAGAAUUUUAUAUUCACCAUGGGCGUGCAUACGGGUAUAAACAUUUUAGAUACAUCCCGUAUUCACGCCAAUGGUGAAUAUAAAAUUCUUAAUUGUAUGUCAAAAAAAGCGCAAUAACUACCUCUUAAAACCUACCAAAUUUCAUGAGCAUAUCUCAACCGGUUUUAGAGCAAUAAAUAAAUCAUUAGUUUGUAAGAAAAAAUUCAACAUCCCGUAUCUCGGAAACGGAACAAUUGUGGACAUAUGUUUAUAAAGCAAACGGUCAUUAUUUUUUCAUGCAGAAUUACCCCUUAAAGUUUGUCACACUUAUUUAGAAACAUCCUGUAUUGAUGAAUAACAUGGCCAGUUGUUAAAGUACCUAACUUUUUUAUUAUCCAACAUAAGUGAAAGAAUAAAAAAGCAAAAUGUUAAAAAAGCCUAAGGCUACUGUUGAGUUUUAAUUUUAAUAUUUUAUAUACGCUAAAAUAUUCCACAGGGUGUUCCAAUGGUACACACGGUAUACAAUGACACUUACCUUUUUAGCAAUAAUAUUAUUACAUCUAUAUUCUUGAAGAAUAAAGCUAUAUAAUACACUAAAAAAAUCACUAAAAUCGGACAACAGGUUUAGGAAACACGCGACACCAAAAAUGUCCCAUUUUUAAGAUGGUGAGUUAAUUUUGAUGCUUAGUGUAUAUUAAAAAAACCAUUGUGUAUUCCCAAUACUAACGAAUUAUUUAUUAAAAUAACAUCCGAUCUACAUUUAUGGACUAUCUCAUAUACAUUUAUAGAAUCGGAUGAUAUUAUGAGGGAAUUUUUAUUAACAAAAUAUAUAAACAUAAUAUGCUCCUAGACUAUAUUAUAGUCUAGGACCCAGGGGGGAGGCUUUAUUGUGCACUUGUAUGUCCCAUCGGUACCUUGACGACUUUUUGUAUGUUUUUUGGUGCGUAGAUUCGCUGAAAACCCGUCAGAUAAUUUCCUAUUAACAAUUUAAUUGUUUAAAUUGUAUCUCCUAAACUAUUAAGAGAUAUUCAAUUUUACCAACAUGAAAAUUGUUCCUUUUGAAACAAUUAACAAAAUGGCGUUUGGUAAACUUUGAUCCGAUUGUUAGAACCGGAGUUAUAACAAAUUUCGUGAAAAACAAUUGCAAAAGAGGCAUUCGAUGGGGGUUUUCCAAGUAUAAACUCAACUGUUAUACGUGCGAUUAACUUUUGAAACCCUCAUUUUAAUGGUAAUUGAAUACGCUAAAUGGUAAUACGCUUUAAAGAAAACUGCAAAAUUAUUUUAUCUUUAUAAAUAAGAACGUUAUAACAAUGAAUCAUCAAAAAUUUCACUAAAAAGUUGCGAACUAAUUUGUUUAUAAUGGAAGUUAUAGAACAACUCAAACCGACCAUUUUAUGCUUUAGUAAAUGUUUUAAUUUUUGACCAAGAUAUGGAACUCUUAAUAACGCGUUUUAAGGCGCACGAUCAGCUCGCAGCGAAUGCGGGCGCACGUGUAAAACAACGUUCGGCAAAAAUAUCAUAGAAACAUUUACCAAAGCUUAAAAUGUUCGUUUUUAGUUGUUCUAUGACUUCCAUUGUAUAUAUAUGACUUCCAUAUGUCCUAAACCUGUUGUCCGAUUUAAGUGAUUUUUUACCACGUUAUAGCCUUAUUCAUUGACAACAUCGCUGUAAUAAUAUUGUUGCUAGACAGUCAAACUGUCAUUGUAUAUCGGGUGUACGAAUCAAACUGUGUUUUUUUCUCAAAGUUCGCAUCACCCUGUGGAUUAUUCUAGCAUUUAUAAAAUACUGAAAUUAAAACCUAACUAUAGCCUCAGGUUUUCUUAACAUUUUGUUUUUCGAUUCAUUCGCUUAUGUUGGGUAAUAAAAAAGUUAGGUACUUUAACAACUGGCCAUGUUCGUCAGCAGUACAGGGUGUUUCUAAAUAAGUGCGACAAAUUUUAAGGGGUAAUUUUACAUGAGAAAAUAAUGACAAUUUGCUUUAUAAUCAUAUGUCCGCAAACGCUUCGUUUCCGAGAUAAGGGAUGUUCAAUUUUUUUUUACAAACUGACGAUUUAUUUAUUGCUUUAAAACCAAUUGAGAUAUGCAAAUCAAAUUUGGUGUGUUUUAAGACGUAGUUCUUGCACAAAAAUUUUUUAUUCACCAAUGGUGAAUAUACAAUUUCUAAUUGUAUGUUAAAAAAUGUGCAAUAACUACGUCUUAAAACCCACCAAAUUUGAUUUGCAUAUCUCAACUGGUUUUAAAGCAAUAAAUAAAUCGUCAGUUUGCAAAAAAAAUUGAACAUCCCGUAUCUCGGAAACGAACCGUUUGCAUACAUAUGAUUAUCAAGCAAAUUGUCAUUAUUUUCUCAUGUAAAAUUACCCCUUAAAGUUUGUCGCACUUAUUUAGAAAACACCCUGUACUGAUGACGAACAUGGCCAGUUGUGAAAGUACCUAACUUUUUUUAUUAUCCAACAUAAGCGAAUCAAUCGAAAGACAAAAUGUUAAGAAAAGCUGAGGCUAUAGUUGGGUUUAGUUUCAGUAUUUUAUAAAUGACAGAAUAAUCCACAGGGUGAUGCGAACUUUGAGAAAAAAGCACAGUUUGAUUCGUACACCCGGUAUACAAUGACAGUUUUACUGUCUAGCAACAAUAUUAUUACAGCGAUAUUGUCAAAGAAUAAGGCUAUAACGUGGUAAAAAAUCGCUUAAAUCGGACAACAGGUUUAGGAAAUUCGAAACAUCAAAAAUUACCACAUUUUUAGUGGAUCGAUUUUUUUGCACCGCAGUGUAUUAUAUGAAGUUGCGUUUUUUCGUUGAAUUGUUCAGUUAUACGAUUUUUGAAAUUUUACGUGUAUGUCGUAUAUAACAGUCAAUUCCGUAACUAUAAAUUUAUUUUAUGCUUAAUUCAUUAUUGUAAUUUUCUACGGACAUGGGAAUAUGUAUAAAAAUAUCAUCCUGAUUUUUGUAUUUAUAUACGUUUACUUCAGUAAAUAUAAAUUCUGAUGAUUUUAUAAAUGUCCAUUUUAUAAUAAACGGACAAGUUCUACUGUAACAAUAGAAUGAUCACUUAUUUUUUAACACAACUGUGAAAAAUUUUAGUAAUUAGUGUAUAAUUGCAUUUCAUUGAGAAUAUUUUUUUGGCAAAUUACAACGAAAGGGUUACAGAACAUGUUGAUACUUUUUAUUAUCAUCGGUAUGCAUUUCGUCUUCUUUUUUCAUACAGUACAGUACGUCUGUAUUUUAUGUCAAUUCUUCGACCUUUUCAACAUAAAAGAAAAAGUAGGCAGAAAUCAAGUAUCACCUGAAUAAUUUCUUUUGUCCCAGUAGAGCUAUAUAGAACUAUUAGAUCUGUUAUUUUAGUUAAUACUGUAGAAUUAAAAAAAAGUAAAUCGUUACAAUUUGUCGUUGUUCGACCUAAUAUCGGAGUGAUGGUGGAAGUGUGAUAAGAAAGAGCCAAACAUGGAGUCUAUUCGAGCACUUGAAUGCUGAUGUUGAAAAUUAUUAACAAAAUUUUAAGAUUAUUUGUAUUGUCGGGAAUUUUGCUGUUCUGGAAAAUGUAACGGGAAAACAAAUGAGCAAAUUUUGUGUUUGCUAUUCUACACUUGCGAUCAUAAAAAGCGGGUCACUCGAUGAAUUAUUCAAGUCAGAUGUCUCGAAUUUUCUAAACCUGUUGUCCUAUUUGAGUGAUUUUUUUAGUAUUUUAUAGCCUUAUUCUUAAGCAAUAUCGCUAUAAUAAUAUUGUUGCUAUACAGGUAAAUUGUCAUUGUAUACCGGGUGUAACAAUCAUACUGUGUUUAUUCCUCAAAGUUCGGAACACCCUGUGGAAUGUUUUAACAUAGAUAAAAUAUUGAAAUUAAAACUCAAUUGUAGCCUCAGGCUUUCUUAACAUUUGUUUUUGAUUUAUUUGUUUAUGUUAGAUAAUAAAAAAGUUAGGCACGUUAAUAACUAGCCAUGUUCUUCAUCAAUACAGGGUGUUUCUAAAUAAGUGUGACAAACUUGAAGGAGUAAUUCUGCAUGAAAAAAUAAUAACAGUUUGCUUUAUAAACACAUGUCCGCAAAUGCUUCGUUUCCCAGAUACGGGAUGUUGAAGUUUUUCUUACAAACUGACGAUUUAUUUAUUGCUCUAAAACCCGUAGAGAUAUGCAAAUGAAAUUUGGUAGGUUUUAAGGGACAGUUAUUGUGCAUUUUUUGAUAUACAAUUAAUAAUUCUAUAUUCACCAUUGGCGUGCAUACGGGCAUAAACAUUUUAGAUACAUCCCGUAUGCAGGACAAUGGUGAAUAUAAAAUUAUUAAUUGUAUGUCAAAAAAUGUGGCAUAAAUACCUCUUAACACGUACCAAAUUUCAUUUGCAUAUCUCAACCGGUUUUAGAGCAAUAAAUAAAUCGUCACGUUUGUAAGAAAAAAUUCAACAUCCCGUAUCUCGAAACCGAAGAAUUUGCGGCUAUACGUUUAUAAAGCAAAUUGUCAUUAUUUUUUCAUGCAGAAUUACCCCUUAAAGUUUGUCGCACUUAUAUAGAAACACCCUGUAUUGAUGAAGAACAUGGUUAGUUGUUAACGUGCCUAACUUUAUUAUCCAACAUAAACAAAUAAAUCAAAAAAGAAAAUGUUAAGAAAGCCUACUGCUACGAUUGAGUUUUAAUUUCAAUAUUUUAUCUAUGCUAAAGCAUUCCACAGGGUGUUCCGAACUUUGAGGAAUAAACACAGUAUGAUUGUUACACCCGGUAUACAAUGACAAUUUACCUGUCUAGCAACAAUAUUAUUAUAGCGAUAUUGAUAAAGAAUAAGGCUGUAACAUACUAAAAAAAUCACUCAAAUCGGACAACAGGUGUAGAAAAUUAGAGACAUCUAACUUGAAUAAUUCAUCGAGUGACCCGCUUCUUAUGAUCGCAAGUGUAUUUUAUUUUCUCUUUAAAAUCAGUUACCAAAUUAGUUUUUCAGAUUUUUAGUUUUUUUUAUUCGCUUUAUGUAAUUAGUAUCAUUUUUUCUUGUUCUUAGAUCAUUAGGUAAUGAUUAUGGUAGAUUUUUUUGUUCAUUUUCUAAGCAAAGGUUACUGUAAUACAGUAGAUUAGUUCAAUAGGUUUCUUUAACUCGUUGCUUGUAUUUGAUGUUAAUACCAAAUGGAAAAGAAAUGAAGAAAUAAAGAUACGACUGACUAGCAGCUCUCGAGCCCCAUUUUGCAGUGAAAAUAAAUUCUCUUGAAUCUCUAUUUAGAACAGUAUUAACCAAAUCCAGGUAAUUUGAUAAUGCAGUAAGUUCUCUAUAUCUCUCUCAAUGCCAACCAAAAUAAAAAAAAAUUAAAAUAUAUUAUAAAUUAGCCCUUUGCUUCCAAUUACAACACACAUAUUUAGUUAAGGGGCUAUCCCAGUGUAAAAGUACGAAAUUCAUAUACUUUUUUGGUAAUUUCUAAUUCCUGUACCAAUUAUUUUGAAAAUUUGCAUGAGCAUUUACUAUAAAAGGAAGUACAUGUAAAAGAAUUUUCAUAAAAAAGUAUUGAAAAUUAAACGAUUUAUGCGCCAUCUACUGGCACCGUGAAAAUAAAAACAUAGCUCCACUGCUGCAGUGAUUGGGACUAAUAGAGAUCCUGAAACAUACAAUUUCAAAGUUAUUAUUGAAAUAUAAGUUCUUUUCUAUACCAUCAACUAGGGGAUUUUUAUGAUCGGUUAAAAAUGUCAAUUUGGCGGUUUUUGAAACUGAAAAUGUUUUAACUAACUUAAAAAUUUUUUUCAACACUUUUUUCCAAAUUUUAAUAUUUUUCAAAUAUCCUAGUUGAUGGUAUAUUAAAUAACUUAUAUUUCAAUAAUCACUUUGAAAUUUUAUGUUUCACGAUUUCUAUUAGUCCCAAUCACUACAGCAGUGGGGCCAUGUUUUUAUUUUCACGGUUCCAGUAGAUGGCGCAUAAAUAGUUAAAUUUUUAAUAUUUUUUUAUGAAAAUUGUUUUACAUGUACUACUUUUUAUAAUAAAUGCUCGUGCAAAUUUUCAAAACAAUUAUUAUAGUACUUUUUAUUUCAGAAAUUCCCAAAAAAAGUAUAUGAAUUUCGUACUUUUACACUAGGAUAGCCCCUUAAAUGCAUUUAACCCAUUAUUGAGUUUACCCUCUCAGUAUCUUGGCCACAGCCGAUUAAAUUAAUAGGCUAUUGAUUAUAUUCAAAAUAAGAUAGCUAAAAGGAACUACAACGUUAACGGGGUUUUAUUAUUUCAUAUGGUCAAUGGACAUCUAUAUAUGAAAAAACCGCGGAGUGCUACCAUUUAAAGGGGUGCAUUUUUGAGAAAUGGGUGAAUUAGUCCCUGGGCACAGGUUACAUUAGGGUGAGUUCUAUGCACUUUUGGUACAAACAUAUCUACAUAAAAGUUCCUGGUUAAAUUUUCUAUCUAAAUAUCACUUUUUAAAGUCAAUGAUACUUUUUUUUUUACAAAAAUAUAUUCAAAAGAAAAAGCACAAAGAAACCCAAAAGAAAGAAAUUUUGUUUUUUGCCCCAUAACUUUUGUCCACAAGGAUAUAGGUAUAGACAUUGCUUUACAGAAAAAAUACCUACAUAUUUCUUCUUUAAAAUGUUGUUUAGUAGAGGUAAUUAGGAUUUAUAGUUUUCGAAAUAUUAUUUUUCAAAGUUCGCCACUCACAGCAAUUUUGGGAAAUUUUCCUUGUUAUUUCGCAAAUAUUGUUCUGUAACUUUUUUUCUACGUCACUUUAGGUAUAUCCAAUGGUACACGUAAUAGGAAUAGAAAUCAAUUACCUUUAAAAUGGUCUACUGUAUAACGUUGUAUGACUUUUUUUUAAGGAGAUUAUGGUUUUUCAAGGUUUUAUACUUUUAACGAUUUUUUAUAAUAUAAUAUAAAAAUCAAAUAAUAUUAUUAUAUAAUAUAUUAUAUAUUAUAUAAUAUUAUAUUAUAUAUUAUAUAAUACCUAAUAUAAAAAAAUAUUAUUUUUUAUAUUUUUACGAUUAUUUUUGAAAUUUCUCAUUAUAACUUUUUUUUCUUAUACAUGAAUAUACUAUGUAUAUAUUGCUCAAUAAAGAGGGCUUACUUUCUGUUCUUUAAAAUGGUGUAUCAUCUAUAUUUAAAUAUGUAAUGGAAACCGAGUAAUUCUUUGAUAUUUUUUUACUUGUAUUAUUUAAAAUUAUUUCUUUUACAAAAAUUACAUAAACAGUAGUCUUAGAAAACAUCACUUUAGUUAAAAUUAUUUAAACGUUGACAUUUAAAAAAUUUUCAAAAUCAAAGUCCAUCUCUUCGUUAGCAUUAGCUUCAAUAUCUUCCUUUGACACCUCAGAUAUCUUAGAGUUCCCACAAUAAUUAGUACCCAUGCACAUGCACCCUUUGCAGAAUAUUGAACAACUAAUUCCGAUUUUCCCACAACCGCGGUUUUUGUACUUCCGUUGGUACAUUUACAUGCUAUUUUUUCAAGCAAAGCUUGUGGUGCAGGAGCUUUGCAGUAAAUAUUGGAAUUAAUGCAUAUUUUGAAGUUUGCCCGGCCGAGUCAAGUAGAUUCAAAGCAUUACCUAUAAAAAAUAAGAUUCAGUCAUAACACACAAUCACAUAAUGAGGAAUUUAAAAAAUAAUCCUAAAAUCAAAAAUCGUUGCAAGUACUUAUUACAUUUUGAAAAAGCAUAUCUUAUUCAAAAAUAAUCCUAGAAUUUUUUAUAAUACACCAUUUUUAAGUAAACAGAAUAAGCUUUCUUUUUAUUAUAUAGUCUCUACCUAAAUGUAGAAAAAAAAGUUAUAAUGGGAAAUUUAAAAAAUAAUCGUAAAAAAUAUAAAAGCUCGUUAAAAGUAUAAAGUCUUGAAAAAGAUAACCUCUUUAAAAGAAGUCGUACAACAUUAUACAGUAGAACAUUUUAAAGGUAAUUGAUUUCUAUUCCUCUUACAUGUACCAUUGCAUAUGCCUAAAGUUACGUAGAAAAAAGUUACAGAACAAUAUUUGCGAAAUAACAAGGAACAUUGCCCAAAAUUGCUGUGAGUAGCGAACUUUGAAAAAUCAUAUUUCGAAAACUGUAAAUCCUAAUGAUCUCUACCAAACACCAUUUUAAAGACAAAAUGUGUAAGUUUUUUUUCUGUGAAGCAAUGUCUAUACCUAUAUCCCCGUGGACAAAAGUUAUGGGACAAAAAACAAAAUUUCUUUCUUUUGGGUUUCUUUGUGCUUUUUCUUUUGAAUAUAUUUUUGUAAAAAAAAGUAUCUUUGACUUUAAAAAGUUAUAUUUAGAUAGGAAAUUUAACCAGGAACAAUUAUUAUGUAGACGUGUUUGUACCAAAAGUGCAUAGAACUCAUCCUAAUGUAACCUGUGCCCAGGGACUAAUUCACCCAUUUCUCAAAAACGCACCCCUUUAAAUGGUGGCACUCCGCGGUUUUUUCAUAUAUAGAGAUUCAUUGAGCAUAUGAAAUAAUAAAAUCCCGUUAACGUUGUAGUUCCUUUCUAAAGUACAUAAUCAUUAGCCUAUAACCAGUAUUUCAUCUGGUUUUGUCUCAACUGUUGAGCCUCAUGUCAGUCCCACAAUAUUAUUGCUGGUCUUCUUAGCCUUUCAUUUUGAUUAAUUAUUUAUGUUUGGUUCCGUUUUUUCAGUUUCCAAAGAGUUUAAGAAACUGUGAGCUUGUAUUUAGUUUUAGAAUUUUUUUCUACUUGUAUCUCCUUUUCUCUUAAUUAGUAAAAUUUCCUUGCAUUUUAAGUUCUGAUUUAAUUAAUUUUAUAUUUUUAUUAGUCUGCGUGUUAUCCUUACAGAUUUCAAUAUAUGUAGUGUGUUUAGUUCAAACCAAACGCCUAUUUACUUGUCUCCACUUCUCUUUCCGUUAUUUGGAAAGUUUUGGCUUUAGUUGAAAAGUAUAGUUUUGGUAAUUGUUCAGCAUUCGAAUAUUAUGAAUAGACAGUAAGUGGCUCUGCCUUUGUGUGUUUGUAAUUUGUUUAGAGUUUGUAAUUUGUUCUGAGUUGAAUAACAUGUUUAUUUCAGUUUGUUUAUUUACUAAAAAUUGUUUAGAUAGACCGGAAAGAUUCCAAAAGGAUAUUUUUCUGAUUACAUCAACGUUGACUAGAGCAGACUGAAAGUAGCUGCUUCUUACUCUACAGCGUUAAAAAGGUAGAUUUUAGUAAUGUAAUCUGGUUACGGUUUAGUUUUAUUCUAAUAUAUAGGUCUCUAAAUAUUGCACUAUAAUUUUUGUGAUAUUGUAGAUUAUGUGGUAAUAAACGUUUCUGGAAAACAG